CCUGGAAGUCACCUUGAGCAGCGCGUCAAGGUGACCAAAUGCAAUCAAGUGAUAAAAUGUUCUCAUAUAAGUCAAACUGUCAACAAGUUGAGACUCUUCCCUCUAUUAGUUUUUACCCUUGAAAACAAGACUUAAUUGCGCUGAUUAUUCCCCCAAAAGGUUUCAGAUUAAGAUUGUUUUAUAAACCGGGAUCUGAAGCGACCUGGAUGCAUCCUUCAGGUACUUCUUUGCAGCGCGCGCUGCUGUGACGCACGGCAACAUCCCGGCAGGUCAGCAUGACAUUAACGCGCUGCAACACAGACAGGAUGAGACCGGAUCCGGUGUGCAGAACACACAUCCUCUAAAUAAUUAUAACCAGAGCAGAGCUUUUCUCCUAAAACAAAAAAAAAACAAAAAAAAACUCGUCCUCCUGUGUGUUUGGACUCGGCUGCUUAUCUGCUUUCUGUUUGUUCAAGAUUUCGUUUGGGCUUAAGAGAAGAGAGAAGUUGGACGCCGGAGAGGAAAUAUUUCCCAGGAAUAACUGUGGAUUUUAUAGAACAAAAAUCUCCAACCUGUUCUGGAGCAGACAUUUGCGCUUUAAUUAAUGGAACAUUGAUAUAAGAAACUAUUAGCAAACACUUCAUCAUUAAGUAAAAGUCUUGUCAAAUUUUCUCCCCCAGCAGUCCUGCUGCAUCUCACACCUCUCCAGCUGUGGAGGAAGCGCAGUUUGUGAAAUUACAAAAGAAAUGUGAAGACAAAAAUUUGCCCUUUUUUUGGUCUCUUUGGCGCACUGAGACAGAUCUCUGCUCCUGAUUCUUGCAGGUCUGAUGUGUAUGUGGAUGUAAGAAAACAAAAUCUGCCGUUAGCUUUGGUUACACCUCUCCAAGAGGAAACUCGACCCUCUUACCCGUCACCUCUGCCCGCAAACCGGGGCGCCCGGAGCUGGAGGUGCCGCGGGAGGGAAGCGAUGGGACGAUCCAAAUACUAAUGUGAUGGGCUGUUGAUGGAGAGGAUUUCGAAUGUCAGCCGGGACAGUGGUCAUCGCAGGUGGAAUUCUGGCUACAGUCAUCUUACUGACCAUCGUCGCUGUACUGUGUUUAUGUAGGUUGCAGUAUUACUGCUGUAAGAGGGAGGAGUCUGAGAAGGGGGAAGAGGAGGAACCAGAGCUCGCCACCAUGUCGCCGUCCCGCCCCCUGGCUCUGUCAGCUCCUCCGACGCCCCCGACGCCGGAGCUCUACAGCGACGAGCCCGAGGCCUACCCGCCCACCUUCCUCACCGAGGCCAACGGGCCUGCCAGCUUCUCACCCGACCCCCCGCCUCGCAGGUGCCAGCGCUCUCACACCUUCUGCCCGACGUGCGCCCGCUGCUCGCUGCCCUUCUACCUGCAGCACCCGGAGAGGCUGUGCAACGGCGGCCGCAGGAUCAGCUACAGGACUGUGCAGCAGCAGGACCUGGAACUGCCCAUGGACCUGGCCAGCUUCUACCAGAAGCUCAACCUCAUCCGCUCCGUCACCAUGAGGGAGGUGGUCACCCACAGCGUCAGCACCGACGUGUAGGAGGCAGGCGGGGUGGAGGUAGCGCCGCCCUGCUGGCCUGGAGGAGAGAUUGAUUUAUACGAACUGCUCUGACUCGUCUGCAAACACGCUAAAUUAAUCUGAGUAUUGUGCUGUGUGUGCAGCGUUAAUAUGCUGUAGAGAUACACAAUAACACUGAGGGCUUUUAAUUAAUGUAACACACCGCCGGGCAGCCAUGUUGGAGGUCUGCAGUCCAGGAGCGACUGCAAACACCUGAAUGCAUUUCUGAAGACUUGAACGGACUAAAUUUUGUCGGAUUUAAAACGGACUGAAAACUGAUCAUGUUGUCACAUUACGUCCAACUGAUUUUAUGUAUAGAUAAUUAUCUUGUUAGCUAAUAAGCUAAUUAGGUAGCAAUAGGGCUGUCCCUUUUUAUUCAAAACAGUCCGUUAGUUUGCUAGUUUGACCCGAAACCAUCUGAGAAGCAAUCAAUGUAAUCAAUUUGGAUUCAACAACCGUGCGGCUAAAGGUAAUUUGCGUCUUUUUAAAAAUGUAACCGCCUCACAGCUACAAAUAUGAAGUCAGCUGUUAGCUUGUCACGUAGUGAGGCAGCGCAUGGAACAACAUGAAGGAUUCAUCUUUGUGUGCGAAUUACGUGUUAAAAUAUCUGUAUGAAAAGUGUGAACAAGCCAAAUUCAGGGUUUGUUUUUGGCAGUUGAAUGCGCCACACAAGAUGCAGAUGUGGGGGUUAAAAUCCUAAAUCACCUGACGUUUAGGUGACUCCAGUCCAGUGCAAACAGGAUGUUUGCCAAAUGAGGCUAGUUAGUCUGCUGAUAUUCUAUAUUUUUAUUGUCAACAAAUCCCCUGAAAACACCAAAACCAACAAAGAACUGAUCUACUAACAAGUUUUAGUGCGUAUUCAGAGUCUGACAUAUCUGAUCCCUCUGACCUCUGCUGUCGUCCAAAAACUAUUAAAAACACAUC